AUGAUUCAGAGGAUUUCUCGAGAAGCCGGGCUGGAUGCGUUUAUCCGAGCCAUAGAACAGAACGGUUGUGUGAUCAUCAAGGACUUUGCAGAUUCAGAAUCCCUAAAUGAGGCACAGAGAGAGGUCCAACCCUAUCUUGACGCCUCCAAGGCCGCAGCCGGAAGUACCGUUGGCGCCUUAAAUGGCGGCACCGCGAUAUGCACACGUCUGAUCGGGAGGAGUCGAACAGUCAGAGAGAGGUUCUUUUCGGACUCCUUGUAUCAAGAUAUUGCGGAGCAUUUCAUCGGCCUCGAGACUACGUGUUGGUAUGGAAGUGAGCCGUCGGUCACCAAGUCCCACCCGUUGCUCUCCAUCUCCAUCACAAUGGACUCGCAGCCGGGAACAAGUGCACAAAAAUUGCACCGAGACGAUAAAAAUCACCACGCAAGACAUGAAAAAGCCGAAAAGUACUCCAAGGGGCGAGACAUGCUAUUGGGUCUGUUUGUCCCCGCGUGCGACACCAUCAAAGCCAACGGAGCGACUCGUGUGGUUCCAGGCUCUCACCUUUGGGGAGAUGACAAACCCGAUUUCGGACCAAACGGUGAUACUGGUGUUGUCGAUGCUGAGCUCAAACGUGGAGAAGCAUUUGUCAUGCUAGGAAGCCUCUAUCAUGGCGCGGGAGAGUACUCCCUACCAACCGGUAGCAGGACUGUACACAUCAUGUUCAUGUGCAGCGGCGUGCAUCGUCAGGAGGAAAUCCCUUUUCUCAGCUACCCGAUCGAGGAGGUCAAGACCUACUCACAACUUGUUCGUGACCGACUGGGUUGGAAACAAUCUGAGCCAAACCUAGGAUGGGUUGAUCUCAAAUCUCCUGAGUACCUGCUGGAAUAA